CGUUCAUCCGAGUAGUCGUCGUCGCUUCUCACUUUGUAGCUUCAGAUUCUCAUCUCUCAUCGCUCUCACCACCUAAUCUGUCAAGUUGAAGGCUUGAACUUGAUGGGUUCCCCUGAGCUGUAGAUUUGAAAGAACGAAACGCAACGCUAAAUAGCCAGCAGACAUACGGGUACAGGAACCCCGUCAUCAUCUAGACGGGGAACAUUUUGCAGCCUCGCAGGGUGGGAAGUCAGGACCGCGACACUUGUCCUCCCGGACUCAACUUACAUAAAAUUUCGGCGAUGAUAGCUCCGGCUGAGAAACCUGAGCAAGAUGGCUGUUUACAAGAGCCAAGUCCGGACGACUUGGUCAUGGGGACGAACAGCAGCUCGAUUGUGUCAAAACGUAGCGUCGAGAGGCUAUAUUACCCAGAGGAGCCGCACUUCUUCCGGUUCUUUGUCAACAAGUUCCAACGCAGAGCCCCCCUGAUAAAUCGGGGCUACCUUCUCCGCCUCAAGGUCAUCGAUACGCUUGUUCGCCAAUUUCUCGAGGAGCCAUCGUCUCGCAAGAAAGUCGUUGUCAACCUCGGUUGCGGCAGCGACGUGUUGCCUUGGCAAUGCAACACGCGGUAUCCCGAGCUGUCCCAAGACGUCCUUUUUGUCGACGUUGACUUUCCUGAUCUCAUGGACAAGAAACGCAAGGUGGUUCUCGGUACGCCGGAGCUGCGUCAGCUGUUGGGAUCGCACCGGGUCGGCGCCGAGAGCUCGCCCAUUUACCUGCGAAGUGAGAAGUAUUGCCAAAUAGGUUGUGAUUUGCGCCAGCUUGAUCUUCUUCGAGAUUGUCUAUCAACCCUCAUCGGUUCGCCGGCUGCCGAAGGAAGCUUCCUCUUCGUAGCUGAGGUGUCCAUCACAUAUCUGGAGACACUUGCCGCCGAUCAAGUCAUUCAAUGGGCAGGCACGCUCGGGAACGCCAACUUCUGUCUGUUGGAGCAGAUCCUCCCCGACGGCCCCGAUCACCCCUUCGCGCAGACCAUGCUGAAGCACUUCGACAAGUUGAAGACGCCACUGAGAUCAGUGCUGCAAUAUCCCACCGUACACAGUCAAGAGGAGCGCUUCGUCAGCCGAGGCUGGUCCGACGUCCAAAGUUGGACUUUAUGGGAGGCGUGGUCAGACGGACAGUUCAUGUCCUCGGCUGAGCGUAAGAGCUUGGAUCAUGUCGAGCCUUUCGACGAGUGGGAGGAGCUCUCUCUGUUCGCAAGCCACUACAUUGUUGUUCUGGCACGCACCAAGACUCCGUCGGAGGAAACUGAAGAGUCGACCAGGCGAUGCCGGCCGAAUUCUAGUCCGUCGUCGUCCUCUGGCGUUCCACCACUACCGGCGACCAUGACCUUCCGUGACUAUCCGUCUGGCCGAGGGCAACGACGCUUCGCUGCCGCCAUGCUGACCGAAGACCUUUAUGGCCAGAGCCUUAUUUACAAUGUCAUGGGCCAAGGACCUCGGUCGAGACUUGGAAGCUGCGAUAUUCACGGUGCAGCCGGCGGAUCAGCUCAGCAGCCUCUUUUGCCAGGGCCGCAGCUCGGCGGGCCGUCUGCGAGAGUGUGCCAUACACUGACGGACCUGGGAGCCUUGGGUGUACUCCUCGUAGGCGGCCGGACUUCACCUGCCGCUGCCCUCCAGGACUGCUGGCUGUACAAGAAAGUAGUGAAUCGGUGGGAGAGAGUGCACGAUCUGCCGGUGCCUCUGUUCAGACACUCGGUCCUCAGGCUGGGCUCGUCAGCUCUCGCGCUCCUGGCAGGUGGGAAGACCAACCACCAUUCGGCGUCCUCGCAUUUCUACCUCUAUCACCCGGAGAACGGGUGGGUAAGAUGUCGGGUGCAGGGGGUACUGCCGGCGCUCUUCGGAUUGGUUUUGACGGAGCUGCCGAAUUCCGAGCCUGGAUCGUAUCGAGGCCUUCUUUAUGGGGGCAUGCUCGAGGAUGGCAUACUGAACGAACAAGCUUAUACGUGGAAGCUGGAUUUGGCGGACUCACAGCCUCUCCUAGCGCUUAGGCCUUGCAGCGUCGAGCCAGGCGAGGGCAAUGCUGAGCAGCAGACUCUUCACAGGUUUGGUGCUUUUUGCAUUCCGCAGGGCGAGCAUUCCAUUCUUUUGGGAGGUGUGGUGGCCAGAUGUCUGCUACCUCGGGAGUCAGACAUGCUCGUUCUGAAAGGCACGUCCUCUGGCUUCGAGGCUGUGGCCCGGCUCGUGGACAAAGACAACGCCCGGUCUCUCCGUCCCUUCAGCAUCGGUGGUUCGGUGGUCGGGAAUGGGGAAGACACAUUCAGCAUCCUGGGGGGUGGAAUGACAUGUUUCUCUAUGGGGAGCUUUUGGUCCAAGGGAAAUUAUACCGUCCAUGCGGAUAUUGUCAGGCUCGGAAAAGACACGCCGCCGCCGCCGCCGCCGCCGGCGGCAACCGGUGGUAGGAUGGCUGCGAAUCCGGCGACGUACCUGCAAACGACGGAGAUUGUCGCUGCUGCUGACGUCGUUGUACAGGGAGCCCAAAGUAGAGGGAAGACUACGAGCGGCAACUCGUCCCAAUCGACUACGGUGGUAGUCCGGCGCGUUAAAGUCGCGUCGCAGGAAGAGUUUAACCAAAUCCUCGAAACUGGAAAGCCAGUGAUCAUCGAGGGGGUAGACGUGGGGUCUUGCGUGGCCAGGUGGACGCCAGAAUACCUGGUCAGCACAGUCGGGGCUCACCGAAAGGUCUUGGUGCACGACUCGACCACGGAGAAGAUGGAUUUCAACGCCAAGAAUUUUAGCUACGCGACGAUGAGCUUUGAGGAACUUAUCCGUGAGGCGCAAGCGGGCCGCAAGGUGUAUUUGCGGGCAUUGUCGGCGGCAGAGCCAUCCAACGUGGCGGCGAAACUCGAGACCGACUUCCCAGGGUUGGCGGAGGACUUUCGUCUGCCGACCGAACUUGGGUUCGUUUCGGACAACGAGUUCAGCUCGAUACUCCGCAUCUCGGGGCCGGUGAACAUGUGGCUGCAUUAUGAUGUUAUGGCCAACGUGUAUGUUCAGGUGAAGGGGACCAAGCGAUUGAUGCUCUUCCCACCGGGCGAUCUGACGCGGUUAGGAUUCGCUCCAGGAGCGUCCAGCUCGAGCGUGGAUGUUUUCGGAGCGCUAGAACAAGGCCUUCUGGGGACCGACGGCGACGGGACCGACGGCGACGCGGGGGUUCACCCGCACGAAGCGGCGGUCGGCGCCGGCGACAUCCUCUAUCUGCCCCCGCUAUGGCUCCACACGGCACAACCGACAACUAGGCCAGGGGAGCUUAGCGUGGCGGUCAACGUCUUCUUCCGGAGUAUGGCAGCCGGGUGGUAUGCGACAGGGCGAGAUAUCUACGGGAAUCGCGAUCUAGGGCCGUAUGAAAAAGGGAGACAAGACGUCGCGAAACUGGCGCGUAGCCUGUGCAAGCUGCCUAGGGAGGCGGCGGGGUUUUACGCGGACCGGCUGGCGGAGGAGUUGCGACAGUCGGUACACAAUGCGGAUUAGACAGGUUUAUCAUCGCAUGGUGAGAGAGAUGACUCCAUGUCCUUUCUAUACCAGACUGGUCGCUCGGUCAGUACCAAAGUGCGUAUCGUAUCCGUAUUUGGUAUCCGUAUUUGGCGACUCGAGAUGUUAUGAAGGGGGUUCAAAAAAGAGGGAGUGUUCCUGCGUCAUAGACCCCCUGUUGGGCUUAUGACGGAUCAUGGGUGAUUACCUUAUUGUUUGCACUGCCUUAUUAUGCAUACUAUCUACCUUAUGCUAUGUAUUCCGCCCCUUAUAAGGUAGUUGUCU